AUGGCGCAGUCGGUCAAGGGGAAAACUGCGAUUGUAACGGGGGCUGGUUCCGGCAUUAACUUUUGCUUUGUCAAAUUGCUCCUGGAACAUGGAUGCAACUGUGUGCUUGCAGAUCUAGCAUUGCGCCCAGAGGCCAAAGAACUUGUGCUGAAGUAUUCAGCGUCGGCUCCUCGAGCCAUAUUUCAGCCAACCGAUGUCACCGAUUGGUCCCAGUUGGAGACGAUGUUUAAGGCUGCGGAGGAAGAAUUUGGGGAAGUAGACAUCGUCUGUCCUGGGGCAGGUGUCUAUGAGCCAGUGCGGUCGAACGGGAGCCGCGAUUCGCCUGCCGGGUCCAGGUAUGCACAGCUUGAUAUCAACUUGGUCCACCCAAUCCGCACAACACAGCUGGCGAUUUCUAAGUUCGCAAACUCUAGGACACCAAAGUCUAUAAUUCAUAUAUCAAGUAUUGCAGGCCAGAUAGGAUCGUUGAGCACGCCCCUUUAUUCAGCGACCAAGCACGCCAUCAACGGCUUCGUGCGCUCGCUUGCAAAAUUGGAUAAGAUCGGGAUCCGAGUAGCCGCUGUUGCGCCGGGUUUCAUCAAAACGCCCCUUUGGACAGAGAGCAUCGAUAAGAUGCGGAUGGUCGAUGAGAGCAAGGAUGAAUGGGUGACCCCGGAAGACGUAGCAUUGGUGAUGCUGGCGCUGAUCGAGCGGGACCAAAUCAGUGAAUCCAUCCUUGCUGAGCCGAAGGGAGAAGGCGUGAUGAUUCCUAUCAAAGGUGGUACUAUCUUGGAGGUCUCGAAAUCUGUACGCAAAGUCUCAUCGUUCAAUGAUCCAGGCCCAUUGGGAAGGCCGGGAAACUCGAUGGGGGACCACAGAGCAGCGGAGGAGGGCUUUUUGGAAUUGGUUCAGUCAGGGAGCUGGGGAGAAGCUGCAAAGAAUUAG